AGCCCGAGGGAAUCUCUAAACUUCCAGACGAGCAAACGCUACGCUGGGUCUUCAGAGAAACGCCCAUUAACUACAUACGAACCAAGUUUCGCUGCGCUGUUGGCGAGAAAUUGCGAAGGAACAAUCUCAGUCCCAAUUGGCGUUGGAACGUAGAACAUGGCUGGAAAGCAAGUUACCGGCACCGGUCUGCCGGAGAGCAUCGCGGGAAUGUCGAAGAACCAACUAUAUGAAAUCAUGUCUCAAAUGAAGACACUGAUCGAACAGAACCAGCAGCAGGCGAAACAAAUCCUUAUCCAAAACCCGCUGUUGACCAAAGCUCUUUUCCAGGCGCAGAUCAUGCUUGGAAUGGUACGACCGCCUCAGAUUCCAAGCGUUCAUCCUUCUGCCUCACAGCAUUCUCAACCAUCAACUCACACAACUCAACAAUCAAAUAUUCAGCCUACUCAAACAUCAGCUGCUCAAAUAAGUUUGCAAGAACAGACAAGUACACCACCUUUGGCCCCUCCUAGAAAACAAUAUCAGAACCAACCAUCAAUGCCUGUCUCAUCAAGUACUCUUCCUACCACUAACAUUCAGCCCCGGUCAGCACCUCUGAUUCCCCUACAGACACCACAGCAUCCCAAGGGAUUUGAUAUGCCCCAGACAAAUCCCAGUUCUGCGCCACAACCCUCUCAAAUUCCAAAUGUACCUCCAAUUCUUCCCUCUGCUGCUCAGCCACCUCUACUUCAUCAACCCCAGAUUUCAACUGCUUCCAUCCAGCUGCAGCAGCCAUUACAAACAGCUGAGAUUUCCCACCUGCCUCCACCGGCACCAUUGCCCUCACAUUCCAGAGCACCUACGGGUCCAAAUUUUCAUCAGCACUACCCCCCUCAAAUGGGCCACAAUAUGAAUUACCAACCUCCUGGCAUCCCACAGCAUGUUUCUCAGCCCAUAUUUCAUUCAGGUACCAAACUCCCUCCUGGCAUGGGAAAUUCAUUUGCCCCAGGACAGUCGGCACUCCCUAGUCAGCCACCCCCUCAAUCAAUGUAUCAGGCUGGAGGUUCUAAAUUAGGUACAGAAUUCAUGAAUCAAGUUGCAAGUUCAAAGCCUGCUGACAGAGGGCCUUGGAUGCCUGGCCCUCCAGAAAAUCCUACACAUCCACAGCAACUCUCCGGACCACCACCAAUACCAUCAGUUCUUGGUCAGAUGGGCCCUGGCAAUCAGCCUCGUGCUGCACCACCGUUGAGUCAGGAGAUGGAGAAGAUGUUACUUCAACAAGUCAUGAGUCUCACACCAGAACAAAUUAAUCUCCUGCCUCCAGAGCAAAGGAAUCAAGUGCUUCAGCUACAGAAGAUACUGCGGCAAUGAACAAUGUUCUUCGGGCAGGAUUCUCUUGAUUUUCUCCCCUCCCCCUUUGUUAACUCAAAAUGGUUUUUAGGCUGCUAGGGGAAGUCUUGUUACUAUUGUAUUCUUUGACUUAUGCAGAUUUGAUGUAUUACAAUUUCAACUUUUUACGGAGUGUAGACAAACUUUAUAAAUCAAACUAAAAUGUAGAAACUUUGAUUUGAGAAGAAUUUGUAAUGCUUAGAACUAUAUUGUUAAA